AUGUUUUCUCUACGCUUAUUAUCUCCAUGUGUUGUCACAUCGAUUUCUAAAACAGUAUUAUCUCGGACUAUUUCACAUAAUCAACAACAAAAAUCAAGUUAUAUUCAACCAUCAGUUUCGAAAAAACAUCAACUUAUCAAUGAAAAUUUAAUUAAACAGUUUCAUGAUGAUGGAUUUCUUAUCUUAAAUGAUUUGUUAUCAACUACUGAGAAAAAGAAAGUAAUUGAUUAUGCUGAUGGAAUUUUAGCACUUCCUGAAACAGCUGGCAAAUGGAUGCAAUAUUAUGAGAUUAAAGAUGGUAAAAAAUUAUUAUGUCGUACGGAAAAUUUCUUAGAUUAUUUUCCUGAAUUAAAUGAAUUACUUCGUGGAAAAAUUACCGAUGCUAUUUCACAAUUAUUAGGGACACCGGCAAUACUUUUUAAAGAAAAAAUUAAUUUUAAAUUACCUGGAGGAGCAGGAUUUGGUGCUCAUCAAGAUGCACCUGCUUACACUACUUUUCAUCAAGAUCAUCAUCUAACUGUUAUGAUUGCUAUUGAUAAAUCUGAUACACAAAAUGGAUGUCUUGAAGUUGUUCGUGGAGAACAUAAAUCUGGAAUGCUACCUCAUCCAAAUGGUGUUAUGGAAAAAUGGUUAGUUGAAAAAUGGGAAAAAGAAAAUAAAUGGGAACCUGUAGAGCUUGAAGCUGGUUCUCUAUUAUUUUUUGGUUCAAUGUUACCACAUCGCUCCGGACAAAAUGUAUCAAAUCGUCCUCGACGUGCUUACUAUUUAACUUACAAUGCUUUAUCUGAUGGAGAUUUUCGUAAAGCUUAUUAUGCUGAUAAACGAGAGAAAUUUCCUCCUGCUAUAGAACGUGUUCCAGGUAAAGAUUAUUCUGAAGGAGCUCGUGUAUAUAAUUUAGCUAAUCCUAUUCCAACUUAA